AACUCGAACCCGAAACCCCAUAAUAAAUAGAGCAUUGGUGAGAGUUCUGAAACAAAAGAAGCAAUCGGGUCGGGCAUAAAGCGCCAAACCCCCAAUUCGUAGGAAGAAGAAGCUCCGAAAUUUGAGUCACCCAAACAAAAAUUCAAACUUGCUCCAAAGGAGGGAGAAGCCAACCCCACCAUGAAAGGCCACGCUCCCAAAGGCUCUGUCAAGAAGUUCAGAAUGCCGACUUCCCAGAAUUUGGUCCCAAUUCGCGUCGAUUUCGAAGUCGAAGGCCAGAGGUUCAAAGACGCCUUCACUUGGAACCCAUCUGACCCUGAUGGAGAGAUUGCCAAGUUUGCGAAAGUAACAGUUAGAGACUUGAAACUGUCUUCGAAUUACGAGAGAGCCAUUGUUAAUUCCAUUCAGAGCCAAGUUGAUAUUUUUCGAUCAUUCCAAGGCCAAGAUAUGUACACCGGCGAGAGGAUUGUUCCGAUUAAGCUUGAUCUCCGUGUAAACCAUACUCUCAUUAGGGACCAGUUUUUAUGGGACUUGAACAACUUUGAAAGUGAUCCCGAGGAGUUUGCUAAAACCUUGUGUGCAGAUUUAGGUGUUCAUGACCCUGAAGUUGGUCCUGCAAUUGCUUUUGCAAUUAGAGAACAGCUGUAUGAGAUUGCAGUCCAAAAUGUAGCUUCAGCAAGAGAAAGCAGACUAAGCAAGAAAGGGCGCCGAGGGAGUGAUCAUACUCCACUCAGUAAAGCAAGUAGUACUGGAUUGGACCUGGUCAAGUCAUUUGGUCACAGAUCUACUGUCAUUCGGAAAAGAAAGGAGUGGGAUGUGUAUGAACCCAUUGUUGAUCUUCUAUCUAGUGAAGAAGUUGAUGCCCUUGAAGCAAAAGAAGAAAGGAACGCUCGGUGAACUGAAAAAGCUGUGAGGGGUAAGGUUUUAUGUUCCCCCCCUCUCUUGUUUGUACUUUUAGUUAAUUUUUUCUUUCCCAAGUGGAUAAGUUGCCUAUUCCCACCCCCUUUUUGUAUUUUUAGUGAUUUUCUCUUCUUUAUAUGGGUGAGGUUUAUGCUCCCCUACUAUGUGUACUAUCUGUACUAUUUUUGUCAAUUAAUAAAAUUACCCUUGCUC